AUGAGCCAACAGCUAGAGAGGGGUAUUGAUCGCGGCAGGCAAACAUUGAUUUCAAUGUGCGUCAAACCCUUCAAUACCAGAACAAACCGAGAUCGUCGUCCUCGGUGGAAGCAGCUCUCCGAAUUCCUAGAAAGUCACAAGUUGAUGAUCAAAGGAAGCGAUAAAAACCUAGGCCCGGUCAUUUUUGGACGCGACUGGUAUGUCACGGAAGUUGAAAAAUUACUCCAAGACAAAGCCAACUAUUAUGAACUUGAUCCAGUAAGAGUCGGUGAGUACGAAGGUCCUCGAGACUGGAUUACUUACGCUGAUGCGGUAAAUGGCGAGAUGCUUCGGCGUCACGUCCCUACUACUGCUGGAUCGUUCCAAUGGUUGGCUAAUACCAUCCACGAAGUCGGACUUGAAAUGAAUUAUUUCAUUGAAGCCGCACAACCGGUGUUACCCGCCCAAGAACAUGAAUAUCUUAAAAGGUGGAAACAUGAUGCGGACGUACCCAGGUUCCAUGGAAUCCCUAAGAUCCAUAAAGAACCCUGGAAAAUACAGCCCAUCUGUCCUGGACAUUCAUGGGUAACAUCCCCACUCGCAAAGUGGGUGCAGGUACAACUCAAAGACACGACUAAAGCAAUCCCUUGGGUAGCCCAAAGCACCCGGGAUGUCGUAGAUUUGCUGGGGUUAGUCAACCUCCCUGCAAGAGGAACUGUACGUAAUAUUUACGUAUGUACAGGGGACGUCGUAGCGAUGUACCCCAAUAUACCUAGUAACGCUGCAGACAUUGUCUACACGCUACUUCAAGAGUUCCCGGAUUAUCUCGCAGAACAUCUAGUCAAUCGACGUGAUUUAAUCCACCGUGCAAUAUCGAUUGUCAAUAAAUUUUCCGUAAUGGAAUUUAAUGGCAAAUUCUACCCGCAGAAGAAAGGUUUAGCCAUGGGAGCUGCUUGCUCCCCAGACGUCGCAAACCUCUAUGCAGCGAAAUAUGAAUUCGAUAACCAGAGUAAAUUUCUGGAGAAAGAUGUCAACGGCAAUGGAGUCUUAUUCUAUUGCCGUUAUAUCGAUGACAUCCUUUCUAUUAUUCAAGCAGACUCGUUGGAGCAAUGCAGAGCUAUAUUGAAUAAGCACAACCUAGGCCCGACACUCCAAGUCGAAUGGGCCAUAAUGCGCGAAGGCGAGGGACCUAGUCCAUUCCUCGACUUAGAUAUCGAUAUCUUAACUGGAGAGACCCGCGUGGACUUUAAACUCUUCAGGAAACCCUUCAAUCACUUCAUGCGCAUACCAUGGGAAAGUUCACAUCCGAUCACCGUAAAACGUGCCGGAUUUCAAGGAGAACUAACCCGGAUAGCCACCUGCUCGUCUCGGAAGGAAUUCUACAAAACGGCAGUAGCAGAGUACGUGGAACUACUCACCGCGCGUGGAUAUCCUCGUCAAGUGUUACAUUCUUGGACACAAAACGAAGUCGAAAAGAGAUGGGGCCUCGCCAAAGAUAAAAAAGAAUCUGAACCACAAAGGCUCGCCCCGAUAAUCUUCAAGACGGAGUACAAUGACGUAUGGAAUGGAGUUGACAUUAACAGUGUCAAGGCUACGAUACUGGAGACAUGGAAUGAGCUGAUAGCGACGGAUACCACCGAUCGCACAUUCGCAGAAGCCAUCCGUGAUCAAAGGUUUGUAAUAUCGUACAAGAGAACACGUAAUCUCCAAGACGACGUGUCUAUUCUUAACGCCAAACUUUCUCGAAUGCACAUUGAUGACUUCAGAGAGAUUGUUGACCGGGGUGCAAACGACCUCGCAGACCUAUUCGCCGCUCAAAGUCGGGAGGACGAUGGGUCAACUGAUGAAGACGAUAUAAUGUACCAACCUCUAGUACCAUUUCGCAAUGGGAACGACAGCGGAGCUGAGUAA